CUAGCAAACACUUUCUGAUCUGCUACUACGUGUUUAAGCUGUGUCAAAGUGGUGAUUUACAAGCAUUUCUAGCCCUCAGAUCUGAAUACAGAAAGGUAUAAAAUGAGUCCAAGGAAAAUAAAGUACCAGGACGUUGAUUGUCUCAUCGUUCUACAUACACAUUUAUUUCUCCAUACAAAGCAAAUCUGACGUCAGCUGGUUCCAAGGUGAUCUCACAAGUGACCCUUGUCCACUCUUCAUUCCAUCCAGGAAUGACGUCCACCCCUCGUCCAGCAUCAGAGAAUAAGAACUUCAGAGGAAGGAAUGCAACUUCAUAAAUAGCAGACCACAGACACUAAUGGGGAGCAGAGGCAAACCUGCAGGUUAAGAUUCUUUGCAAAAGAAGCCCAUAGAUCCACACUGCCUGGAGAUUCAGAGAUGAUUUCAGCUCUAGCCUUCGUUUUCCUCCUCUGCAUCUCUUGCCCUUUUUCAUCAUGUCAGCAGCGAAGGGCUGGAGGUGAAGUUGGGCCAGAAAUGCUGGAAGAGAUGAGAGAAACUAACCGUGUGCUAAUGGAAGUGCGAGACUUGCUGAAACAGCAGAUUAAGGAGAUAACAUUCCUGAAGAAUACAGUCAUGGAGUGUGAUGCCUGUGGCAUGCACACCGAGGCCACAGGCCCUGUCAUCACCGUGACACAGUUUAACAGAUGCCUCCCAAACUCCUGCUUCCCUGGCGUGGCCUGCACUGAGACCGGCACCGGCUUCCGCUGCGGACCCUGUCCCCCGGGUUAUUCAGGCAAUGGCACCCACUGCACAGACAUCAAUGAGUGCAAUGCAAACCCCUGCUUCCCGAAGGUCCAGUGCAUUAACACCAGCCCUGGCUUCCGCUGUGAUCCCUGCCCUCCUGGCUUCACCGGCCAGAUGGUCGAAGGGGUUGGACUGGCCUAUGCGAGAGCCAACAAACAGGUUUGUACUGACAUCAAUGAAUGCGAGACAGGCGCUGCCAGAAACUGUGUCCCCAACUCCAUCUGCAUCAACACACGGGGAUCCUACAAGUGCGGGGCUUGUAAACCUGGCUUUGUUGGGGACCAAGUGAGUGGCUGCAGGAGCCAGUCAGUGAGACGCUGCCCUAAUGGAGAGAUCAGCCCGUGCCACGAGAAAGCAGAAUGCAUCGUGGAGCGCGACGGGUCCCUCUCCUGCGCGUGCCUCGUGGGGUGGGCAGGGAACGGCUACGUGUGCGGGAAGGACACGGACAUUGAUGGAGUCCCUGACGAGAAGCAACGCUGCUCAGACAAAAAGUGCCGCAAGGAUAACUGCAUGACUGUCCCCAACUCCGGCCAAGAGGAUGCUGACAGGGAUGGAAUUGGAGAUGCUUGUGAUGAUGAUGCCGAUGGAGAUGGGAUAUUAAAUGCUGAGGACAACUGCGUGUACACGCGCAACACGGACCAGCGCAACGCGGACAAGGACAACUUCGGUGACGCCUGUGACAACUGCCGCCAAGUGAAGAACAACGAUCAGAAGGACAUUGAUGGUGAUGGGAAGGGAGAUGAGUGUGACGACGACAUGGAUGGAGAUGGGAUCAAAAACCCCGUGGACAACUGUAAAAGAGUUCCUAACCCUGAUCAGAAAGAUGCCGAUGGUGAUGGAGUAGGAGACAUGUGUGACAGCUGCCCCACAGUCAGUAACCCAGACCAGAAAGAUACUGACCAUGAUCUGGUGGGAGACGUCUGUGACACCAACCAGGACAGCGAUGGGGAUGGCCACCAAGACUCACGGGAUAACUGCCCAUCAGUGCCCAACAGCUCCCAGGUGGACACAGAUAAUGAUGGGCUGGGAGAUGAAUGUGAUGAUGAUGAUGAUGAUGACGGGAUUCCAGAUGAGAAACCUCCAGGCCCUGACAACUGUCGGCUUGUCCCUAACCCUGGCCAAGAAGACUCGGAUGGUGAUGGUGUGGGAAACCUCUGUGAAGAUGACUUUGACAGAGACAUGGUGAUUGACAGGAUUGACGUGUGCCCAGAGAACGCAGAGGUGACCCUAACGGACUUCAGGGCUUUCCAGACGGUUGUAUUGGACCCUGAGGGUGAUGCACAGAUUGACCCCAACUGGAUUGUCCUCAACCAGGGCAUGGAAAUUGUCCAGACCAUGAACAGUGACCCCGGCCUGGCCGUAGGUUACACUGCAUUCAAUGGAGUGGACUUUGAGGGCACAUUCCACGUCAACACUGCCACAGAUGACGAUUAUGCUGGUUUCAUAUUUGGCUACCAGGACAGUUCCAGCUUUUACGUGGUCAUGUGGAAGCAGAUGGAACAGACAUACUGGCAGGCAAACCCCUUCCGAGCAGUAGCAGAACCUGGUAUUCAACUGAAGGCAGUGAAGUCUAAAACAGGCCCAGGGGAGUACCUCCGGAACUCCCUGUGGCACACGGGGGACACCACGGACCAGGUCAAGCUGCUCUGGAAGGACCCUCGCAACUCCGGCUGGAAGGACAAGACCUCGUACCGCUGGUUCCUGCAGCACCGGCCCCAGGUCGGGUACAUCAGAGCUCGUUUCUAUGAAGGACCUGAAGUAGUAGCAGACACUGGAGUUGUCCUUGACACCACCAUGCGAGGAGGCCGCCUGGGAGUCUUCUGCUUCUCCCAGGAGAACAUCAUUUGGUCCAACCUGCGUUACCGCUGCAACGACACCAUCCCAGAAGACUAUGAAACAUUCCGAGUUCAGCAAGACUAAGGCCUGAUGUCAAGAUGUGUCCAGCCAGCCUCGCUUUCAGCCCCUGCUCAGCUGCCCCACUAUCGCUCCCGUAGCCCCUAUGAGGAACUGUAAGUAACGUUACCACUGCGGCAUCACCCAGCAUCUCCCCUACCGCAGCAGCUGGCUUACACGCUCCAAACCCUGCUGGCACGGCCGUGGUGUAGCCAGCGAGUGUGGACAGAGCCCGAGCUGCUGUAAACACGAGCUCUCUACACACCGUGGAUGCGCUGAGAAGCUGCUUGCUGUAGCUGGAAUUGAGUCAAGUCUCGC